AUGGGCAUUUUCAUGAUGGAGAAUUCUUUUGCAAGCUUAGUUUGCUUAAGCUUUGUCAUCUCCCAAGAGUCUUCAAUAUCCACAUGUCGCUUUGUUGAGAGUUUAACCAACUUGGAAGAGCUGGUUGUAUGUGAAUCUUAUCUAGAAGACCCAAAUAGCAAUGAGGAAGCCAUAGAAGGCAUGAGUCAUGAGAUGAAAGUAAUAUUACCCUUUUCAAGAUAUAUUCGACAUUUGCAAACUCUAGAUGUGUCACAUUGUGAUGGGUUAUCAAAAAUGUUCACACCGACAAUUGCUAAAAAUUUGGUGGCACUCACAAAAUUGAGGAUAAGUAAUUGUAGAAUAUUGAUAGAAGUCAUUAAUGAUGAGAAAGGUGGGGAUGGCCGUGUGGUGGCUUUCAAUCAAUUGAAGUAUAUGGAGCUUGAUGGGUUGACAAGGUUGAGAAGUUUCAGCUCGGGUGAAUACACUUUGAUUUUCCCGCUCUUGGAAGAUAUCAUUGUGACUAGAUGUCCCAACAUGAAGUUUUUCUCUCAAGGACCAAUGGAGGCAUCAAAGUUAAAGAGAGUUCAAGUAUCAAAGGAAGUGUGGUUUUGGGCAGGAAACCUCAACAUCACCAUCCAAAAUAUGUUUGAAGAAAUGGGUACGCUUGCUGGAGUAGAGAAAAUGCUACUAUCUGAGUUCCCUGGGUUGAUUGGAAAAUGGCACAACGAACUUAAUCCCAUCAAGUCAUUUUGGCAACUAAAAUCAGUGGUGGUAGAUAAAUGUCCAUCAUUUAUUAAUGCUAUUCCAUCCAGAUUGAUGCUAGUCUUAGACAAUUUGAGCUAUUUGCAAGUGCGCAAUUGCGAGUUGCUCGAAGAAAUAUUUGAUUUGGAAGGGCUGGAGGCUGUGGAAAGCACUCGAGUACUGCCUAAGCUAUGGGAAUUGAACUUGGCCAAUCUACCAAAAUUGAGGCGAUUGUGGAACAGAGAUCUUCAAGAAUUGAUACACUUCGAUUCUCUACGUACUCUUAUCCUGUAUAAUUGCAGCAACUUGGGACAUGCUUUCACUCCAUCAAUGGCUCGGUGCCUUGCCAAUCUUGAAUGGAUGGAAAUAAAGGAGUGUGGUCAAAUGGAAGGAGUGAUCAUAGAGGAAGAAGGGCAAGGAAGCACAAUGGAGAAGAUUACAUUCCCAAAGCUCCAUGAUGAACGAUGGAAUACUUGCCCAAUUUGA